AUGAAAUUACCGAAUCCACCAGCCGUCUAUACACAGAUCCUUGAAACUGUCGUCGAGAUUCGGAAAUUUGCAUUGCGAAACUUCUUCCUCCCUCGACCGCACUUCCUACGUAAAGAAUGGUUCACAGAACUCGAUGGAAAGACUGGACGCGCCCACUUCGGCCAAUACAUUGCUCAUCCCUGGUAUAUAAAGCCAACAUUCAUCACGAGAUGGGGUCCGAAGGCAUUAUUACUGCGACUUAUCGGAGGCGCCGUUCCAGGACAUGAAAAGUACCAUCCAGAUGGAUAUCGAAUUCAUGAGCUCGGUCCCUCGGAGCUCGUAGGAAAGGGUGACACUGAGAUGGGUAAAACGAGGGAAGAAUUAAGAGCGCGAAGAACGGGCUCGGCAGGAUUGGGGGCACAGAUAGCACGAGUAUUUGCGCCAGACUUCCGUGUGGUAAUCAACUAUUCAUCAAACUCGGAUCGGGCACAAUCUCUCAUGAAGGAACUCUCAUCCAUACCAGGCCCAUCCUCAGAAGCAAACCCACGCUUCCACCUCGUCCAAGCAGACAUGUCCUCGAAACCAUCGGUUCAAAAUCUCGUAAAAGAGACUAUCGAAAAGAUGGGCCGAUUAGACGUCGUCGUCUCUAACGCAGGCUGGACGCGCAUGACGACCUUUACCGACAUUGAGCAGCAAGUCAACGACGACGAUUGGGACAAGUGUUUCACCAUGAAUGUAAAAACACACAUGUGGCUGGCAUAUGCUGCGAAAGAUGCCUUGGCCGAAAACGAAGGAUGCUUUAUUUCGACAGCGAGUGUAGCGGGUGUGAAGCCUAGUGGAAGCAGCGUUCCUUAUGCUGUUACCAAAGCAGCGCAGAUUCAUCUUGCAAAGAGUCUUGCUGUCAUUCUGGCGCCGAAGAUUCGUGUGAAUAGCAUCAGUCCGGGUAUGCUACUCACAGAAUGGGGGCUCAAGUUUCCAGAAGCGAAGCGCAAUGCUGCGAUCAACAACACCAAGUUGAAGAGGUUGGCUACAGUGGAAGAUUGUGCGGAUCAGGUCAGAGUGCUGGCGCUGAGUAGAAGUAUCACUGGGCAGAACAUCUCGAUAGAUGGCGGUUCUUCAGUCUAG